AUGGCUCGCGGAAACGUCGGAGUUUAUAAAGUCUUCUACAAGGGAGAGACUGAAGAUUUUGUCGUCUACGUCGAUGAUGUUGCUAGCGUUAAACAGUGGAGGAAGGACAAGACAGUUCCUCUAGCCCAGGUCGUCAGUGGAUGGAAGAUAUUCGUCACCCACAGGCAUGGUGCACAAGGAAUCCACGAUGGAGCAAGCAAAGCAACGUUGUCGAACGAAUUCGGAACAUCAAACGAGAUGGAAUGUAUCACCAAGAUACUAGAGAAGGGAGAGCUACAAGAAUCAGAGAAUAACGAAAGAAACGGGUCGACGAAUGAUUCUAAGGGUGCUCUGCUGGGCCGAUAG